AUGCUGAGGAAAUUCAUUUUAGGGCUCCUGCUGGCAUCUCAGGCAGUAGCUCAACUACCACACAAGGAACGAGAUUACGACUCCCGUGUCUAUGUGGCCCUGAGUCUUCGAGAUGGGCUUGAUCCCCGGGAGUUUGAGGCUUCUGUGAGUGGGUUGGACCAUGGACAGUGGACGUUUGAGCAUCCUGUGGGCACGAUUCCCAACACAUAUGUGUUUUCUGCCCCUAAAGAGUACGCACCGAUCGAGAACAUUCGAGAUCAGGACCGACUGGAGGUUGCAGGUGGCGUACUGGCCAAGAGAGAGCUUCGCAAGCGAGAAAAGCUGCAGAAGAAGUAUGGCAUGAGCGAGGAGGACGUUGAGAAGAGACUGGUAGCUCUUGAGCGGUUGGAUUAUGACUGGUCUGAGAGGGGACUGGGGUCUUUGGAGGUGCUGAGUGAACGGAGGAUUCAUAAGAGAGCUCCAGUCAACUGGACCGAGGAGGAAAUGGAGUACUUGAAGGAGAUCAAGAGAAGAGCAGAGGAGGCUCAGAAGGCCCAGGACGACAAGGGUGACAAAAAGGAGGAUCAGAAGGACGACAAAAAGGAAGGCCAGGAAGCACAGAAGGAAGGUGACAAGGAGGACAAUAAAGGUGACGACAAGGAAGAUGGGGAGGAGGAUGACGACGACGAUGAAGAUGAAGAUGACGAUGACGCUUCUCCCGCUAUGCCUGUCCAGUGGAAACCCGUUGACGAAAGCAUGUACGGAGGUAUGCCCGAUGACUCUCUGUAUGACGUGUACAGAAAGUACUAUCCGGACGAGGUUGGAAUCAAGGACCCGUCGCUCUGGAAGCAGUGGUACCUGCAUAAUGUGCACAAGGCAGGUCAUGAUCUCAAUGUGACAGGUUUGUGGCUCAGAAACGUGACGGGCUGGGGAGUAGUCACCGCCGUUGUGGAUGAUGGUCUGGACAUGAACGCUGAGGAUAUCAAGGCCAACUACUUCGCCGAGGGAUCCUGGGACUUCAACUUCAAUAAGAGCGAUCCCAAACCCAGCUCUCACGACGAUUACCACGGCACUAGAUGCGCUGGCGAAAUUGCUGCAGUCAGAAACAACGUCUGUGGUGUCGGAGUGGCCUACGACUCCAAGGUAGCCGGCAUCAGAAUCUUGUCCAAGGAGAUUGCAGAGGAUAUCGAGGCUUUGGCUAUCAAUUACGAAAUGGACAAGAACGACAUUUAUUCGUGCUCCUGGGGCCCUCCUGAUAACGGCCAGACUAUGGCUCGACCAGGAAAGGUUGUCAAGGACGCUAUGGUGAACGCCAUCACUAAUGGGCGACAGGGCAAGGGCAACGUGUUUGUGUUUGCGUCUGGAAACGGUGGUUCUCGGGGAGACAACUGCAACUUUGAUGGUUACACAAACUCCAUUUAUUCCAUUACUGUUGGAGCUCUGGACUUCAACGAUGGUCAUCCUUACUACUCUGAGGCUUGUUCAGCGAACAUGGUUGUCACUUAUUCGUCUGGAUCAGAACAUUAUAUUGUUGGUACCGACAUUAAUGCCAUUGACGACAAAAGUGCUGCUCCUCGGUGCCAGAACCAACAUGGAGGUACAUCUGCAGCUGCACCUCUGGCUGCAGGUGUGUUUGCCCUGGCUCUUUCUGUGCGCCCUGACCUCACGUGGCGAGAUAUGCAGUAUCUGGCACUUUAUUCCGCUGUUGAGAUCAACUCCAAUGAUGAUGGAUGGCAAGAUACUGCUUCUGGACAGAGAUUCCAUCAUCAGUUUGGCUACGGCAAGCUUGAUGCUUCCAAAAUUGUCGAGCUUGCUGAGGGGUGGAACUUGGUUAACAACCAGACUUCUUUCCAUUCUGAAGUUAAGACCGUGUCUCAGAAGGUCAAGUACAAUGAGCCACUAAAAAGUGUGAUUACUGUGACUCGAGACGAUCUUGACAAGGUGAAUUUCAAGCGAGCUGAGCAUAUUACUGCUGUCCUCAACUUGGAAGCUUCGUACCGAGGUCACGUGCGAGUUCUUCUCAAGGGUCCUCGAGGUGUCGUCUCUGAACUGGCUGCUCUCAGACGAGACGAUCGGUCCAAGGAUGGUUACGACAACUGGGCUUUCAUGUCUGUUGCUCACUGGGCCGACGAGGGAGAAGGUGAUUGGGAGCUCACGGUUGAGAACACUGGCGAGCAGGAUCAGGUGGAGCUUGUUAACUGGCAGCUCAACGUUUUCGGCGAGCAGAAGGAUAAGCGAGAGGAGAACAAGGAGGGCGAGAGCAAGCCUGAGGACGAGAACAAGGAGGGCGAGAAGGAGGGAGAGAAAAAGCCCGAGGACGAGAACAAGGAGGAGGGUAAUAAGGAGGACGACAAGGGUGAUCAGAAGGAAGAUAAGCCUGAAGACAAGCCCGAGGAUAAACCGGAAGAUACGCCAGAAGAUAAACCCGAGGAUAAGCCCGAGGACGCGCCCGAGGAUAAGCCUUCUGACGAAAAGAAGCCCGAGGAGAAGCCUGAGGAGAAGCCUGUGGAUAAUUCUGACUCUUCCUCCGACUCAUCCGACAGCCACACCUCAUGGUGGCCCGAUCUGUCGUCGAAAAAAUCUGCAUGGUUGUAUGGAGCGGUUCUCCUGGUGGGAGGGUUCAUUGCAGUGAUUGGCAUCUACGCCUGUGUCACUCGACGAAACCGGGUUCGACGAAACCGGUCCAAGGAUGCUCCUUCUGCUUCUUCCUUUGAGUUCGAUCUCAUUCCUCACGACGACUCAGACGACGACUUUGUGUACCCAGAAGACACUCAUCGUCGAUCUGGUGAUAAUGAUCGACUCUACGAUCCGUUUGCUGAGGUCGAGGAUGAUGACGACAUGUUUCGAAUUUCGGAUGAGGGCGAAGAUGCCCAUGACGUUGAGCCUGAGUUGAAUCGGGUCUCCAUGGAGGCUGACAAGCGGGAUAACGACCGGCAGAAUCUCCUGGGAUAA